GACCUCCAUGAAUAAGGAGGGUAGAAGGGAAAUUCAAAUGCUGUGCUCACUCACUGUUUGUGGAAUGAUGUCUUUUUUUUUUUUUUUUCGGAGCUGGGGACCGAACCCAGGGCCUUGCGCUUCCUAGGCAAGUGUUCUACCACUGAGCUAAAUCCCCAACCCUGGAAUGAUGUCUUAACAACCGUAAAUGCCAUUUAAUGGUGCUAGUACAGGACUCGAUUUCCAUAUUCAGACAUUCACCGUGGCAACUGGGUGGAGGAUAGGAUUGCAAGAGAGGCUCAAGGGAGUGACAGGUCAGUUUGGAGGCUGUUGAUACACCCUUGACAUGGUGACAGUGAUGGGAUGUGUUAGGUAGCGUUGCUGUCACAUGACGAAUACAUGGGCAUAAGAGGGACCUGGGGAGGAAAGGGUUCAUUUGGCUUAUGGGUUGCAGUCCAUCACUGAGGGACACCAAAGCCGGAACUGAAGCAGAGACCAUGGAGAAAUGCUGUAAGCUGACUCGCUACAUUUCUUAUAGAAGCCAGGUCCACCUGCCUAGGGAUGGUACCACCCACAGUGGGCUGAGCCCUCCUUCAUCAAUUAGCAAUUAAGAAAGUGUUCCUCAGACAUAAACAUAUUGGCUCUGGGCAAUUCUUGAGGCCAGUUCUUCAAGCUGAGGUACCCUCUUCCCAGGCAACUCUAGAUUUGUUUUAAAUUGACAGCUGAAGCAACUAUGACAGACACUUAUCAUGAGGGUUAUGUCUGAUAAACAGAGUGUAAGUUGAAAAUAUUGGCCUGGAGGUAAAAUGUUCCUUACACUCAAGCACUAUAAACAUGCUAUUAAAGAAUAUCAUAAACCAGCAGAGCAUUUAUCAUAUCUAACAUAGGUGCCAUCCUACAUCAUACUAUAGAUGUGACUCCUGUCAUGGCCAUGGGGCUAACUGGAAGCUGGAGUCAUUACCACUAGCCAGCAUCACACUGGAGGAUUGAGCUGCAUAUGGCCAACACAAGGAAAGAUACAGAUUGAAGAGACAUAGUAAACAAAGUUUCUACUGAGUGUGUGUUGGUUUUAUUUGGUUACAAAGUCAAAAACCUGUGAGUGGAGGCACUGUCUGUCAGGGAACACACACUUCUUAGGCCAUGCAUGGGAAAACUGGUGAGAAAUGAAAGCCGGGAGAGGGGAGGGCCCUCUUGGCUGUCAGUUCAUGGCAAGUGAACUGACAUGCUAUGUCCUGGAACGAAGAAGACUGGGCCCACCCUCCGCUGAGGUACAGUCCAAGCCACAGGCAUAUUAAACAUAUUAAAACGUUGUCGUAGUAAACAAGCCUCCCAUUCUCCACAGCAAGGCUGGGCUUAUUAAUCAGGUUGCCUGAAAUCUGUGUUUUUAAUGAGGCCACCAGCUAUGCUGUGUGGCAACUCAAUAACCCCUUUGGGGCUGCCCCUCCCCCUCCACACCUCGUUGUGCUUAACAGGCUGUGUUCAGAAGACAGGCCCAUAACUCUUUUUGACAGAGUGUAUGGAUAAUAUUCAUCGUGUAGGGCGAAUGUUGUCAUGUCAUGUUUGCAAAGUGUGAUGGCUUUCUGGUCUUUGAAAAAAAAAUUGGUACCUUGCAAAAUUUAUCAUUAGUCUAUCAGGAAAGUGAGCGAAAAUGCCUUUGUUGGCGUCUCUUGCUGUCAAAUGUGAAAUGAAAUAACCCAGUUUGUGCUUCUCUCCUGACGGAGUUCAGAGUCUGUCUCUACAAGCUUCGGGAGACAAAUGGGAGUUGUUUGCAGACUAACAACCACAUGGUGUUGUGUGGUUGUGCCCAGCAGUGGCGAGGGUGUCAUUCAGACAUUGUACUAAUUACUUUUCCAUGGUCAAGUUAAAAAUACCAGGACUAAGAACAUUUGAAAGACUUUAUUUUGGCUUCCGUUUCCAGAGGGAUAGAGUCCAUCCUGGAGCUGGAGAGACGAUUCAUCGGUUGACAGCACUUGCUGUUCUUCCAGAGAACCCAGGUUGGGUUCCCAGAACCCACGGGGCAUCUCUCAUAACUAUCUUAGCUCUGGCGUUAUAAAGCCGGCUUGGUCUAGAUCUAUAUAGAGUUUCAGGCCAGCCGGGGUUACAUAUUGCGCAUGCCCUGUCUUAAAAAAAAAAAUCAAACUUUUAGAAAGCUUGUUUUUCAUGUGUAUGAGUACCUGUAUGUAUGUGCACAUGUAUGUGCAGUGCCUGUGGAGGCCAGAGAGGGAAUCAGAUUCCCUGGAACUGGAGCUUCAGAGGGUUGUGAGUCACCAUGGGGGUAACAGGAACCAAACAUGUUCUUCCCAAACAUAGCUGGUGCUCUUGACUGCUGAGCCAUCUUCCCAGAACCAGCUUCACAGGCCUUUUAAAGAGCCAAAGGCCAGCUUGUCCCUGCUUUCAGGAACCGGUGAAGCCACAGUUCCAGUUGUGACAAAUCCCAGCUGUCCAAGCCCUUUUCUGUUUGCCUGGGAGUGGCUAAGCCUCCACAGAUAUGGAAGCAUGUGGGGGUCCCUGGCGUUUUGUUUUAUUUUGUUUGCUGUACUGGGGAUUUGACUUUGGGCCUCACAUAAACUAAGUGCUUGUGCUAGCAUUGGGCUAGACUCGCAGACAUGGAGAACUCUUAUUCAGAAUGUAACACCUUUCAGGCUCGUCCACUUUGCCACCAUUGUCAAGGACCAGUUUCUCUUCUAAGUUUCAGUGACACUGUUGCGCUAACCAGAGUCAAGCCCCAGCUUCCAAAGGUCCCAGAGAAGAAACUGUCUCCUCCUUACCAGCCCAAGGCCACAGCCUGGUUUCUUUCUCAAAGGAUAUUUUUCAAUGCGAAGGAUCUCAUCCUUUAAGGGACUCCUCCUUCCUCCCCAGGGUCCUCAGGAGAUGACAAUGGUGUUCAUGCACAAGAAUCUAAUCACCUUCCCUACCCAGAAGGAGUCCUUGCUCCUACUUAGAGCAAGGAGGAUCAAUCCAGAUCUAUGGCAGGAAACAUGUAUGAGAGCUGCUGAUAUCUUGAGCCAGAUGGCAGGAAAGACAGACAGACGAGCUGUGUGUCAGAGGGCAUGGGGUGGGGGGGGCGACAUGGACUUACUCCAUGGGACAAAGCUGAGUACGCUGAGUCUCUGAAGAGGUAAUGCCAUUGACUGAAACGCUGGUGCUCGCCAUCAGACAAACAGCCAGAGAAAGCAAGCGCCACCUUCAACAACAGCCUCCUUGGGUUCUACUGUAGUACCAUGGUUUUAUUCCAAAUCAGCUCCCCAAAGCAAAGGGGUCAGCCUUUAGACUGCCUUUCCCAGGGAAUGUAUAUGGCCAGGAAUUGAAAUAAUGAAGGAAGUUAUUACUAUCCAGCCGAGGCUCAAACCCAGGCUCUCCCGCAUGUACGCUACUAUGUUGAACACCCAGCUGGGGAAAAUAGUUGAUAUAUAGAUCUCAGUGAAUAAUUACAGAAACCUAGACAUCUUGUGUUUCCUGACACGCCCACAGUCACACAUCUGCGGGACCGUUAUCCCCCCACGAUUGAACUCAAGCCCAAGCCAGACCUGAGAACAAAUGACUGGAGAUUAGAGAGAAGCCAAGAGGCAGAUCCAGUUCCAGGUCUGCGCAAGCCGGUGACCUGAGGGAGAGGAUGGGGGUUGCUACUCAGAUGGGGCAAGGUACUGGAACCUGAUUAAACCCAAGAGCAAAGAAGGAAAAACAAAAGAGAGAUCGGCAAAGUGUUCUCAUGAAUUAGGUAUUAGAGGCCAAAGACACAGUGCCAUUUUAUUAAGUGUCUCCCUGGUGGCGUUGUAGUUAGAUAAGGAGAGUCUGUAAUUUUUACCAAUAUAGACUAAACUAAGUAAGACUUAGAACACUUAUGAAAAGGAGCGGGUAGUAUUAAAGAGAGAGAAGGAAAAAACAAGAUGGCUUUUUGAUUUCUUAAAAUUUAACUAGAGCUGUGCAGGAGCCAGGCUAACCCUACCAAUGAACCUUUCUUAUUGUUCAUUUUGAAAAGGGUUUUUGCCCAAUUGAUCAGGCCAGACUUUAAUCUGCUCUCUAAACCAGGCCAGUCUUAAACUUGCAAUCCUCCUGCCUCAGCCUCCCAAACACCUGGGUCCCUUGUCAUCAACCCAACCAAAGACCUGAUAAUUACUAAUCUGGGUGAUGAAAUCCUUGAGGAGACCUUUAGUCCCAGCACUCAGGAGGCAGAGGCAGGCAGAUCUCUGAGUUUGAGGCUAGCCUGGUCUACAGAGUGAGUUCUGAGACAGCCAGGGUUACACAGAGAAACUCUGUCUUGAAAAACCAAAAGGAAAGGGGAUGGGGGUCUGAAGAGAUGGCUCAGCGGUUAAGAACAUUGACUGUUCCUCCAGAGGAUCUGGGUUCAAUUCCCAGUACCCCACAUGGCAGCUUACAAUGUCCAUAAUUCCAAUUCCAGGAGAUAUGAUGCCCUCACACAGACACAAAUGCGGGCAAAGCACCAAUGUAAAUAAAUAAAAAUAAAAAUAAAUGAUUUUUUAAAAAUGGAUGAAGCAAAUAAAUGUGCCCAGGUUUUUCUAACUGCAUGGACUGUUUGCCCCCAAGAGAAUACAAGCAGCCAUUUUGAUUGUGCUCUUAAAAAUACACAUAAACUUUUGCUAUCGAAACUGUCUUUAUCAGGGUCCUGGUUGUUGAGAGACAGUAUCACAGUGGAGCUCAGGCAGAUCUGGAACUUACCAUGCAGCUUAAAUUGGCAGGAAACUUGCAAUCCUCCUGCCUCAGCUUCCUGACAGCUAGAAUUACAAGCAUGUGCCACCAUUCCUGGCUUUAACUGCAUUAGCUCUCUUUAAAUACAUAGUUCAGUAUUGUUAAAUACAUUUUGCUAGUUUGCAAUAUUGAUGUGUGUGCAAACUCAGGAAGGCGUGGGCCCCUACAAUGCCUUGUGGUCUUGUAAAAGAGAGAGAGAGAGAGAGAGAGAGAGAGAGAGAGAGAGAGAGAGAGAGAGAGAGAGAACCUGAAACUCUGUGACUGCUGAACAGACAUCCACCCUCUCCUCCUGCCAAAGCUGUCGCCAUUUUGUCUCUGAAUUUGCUGACUCCAGGUACCUCAGACAGCCCCACUCACAUUGAGACCAUUUGGGAGACAUUGUUGGAGACGUUUCUGUUACUCUUGGAGUCUCGUUAGUCUUGGCUUCCAUGGCAUCUGGGCUUUCUACCAUGUGUUCUCACACAUGAUAUAAUUCCAUAUCUACAUAUAACUUCAUGUCCCGUUAAUGUCCUAAAUCAUAACCAGGGUGUGAGCUUUAGUUUCAUAAUGGCUUCUGCUGUCCCUGUGCCGCAGCCUUGCAGAGGCAUUUCCAGUCUCCCCUUAGCCCCUAAGUCAGCUUAUUUCCUUCCUGGGCUAAUUAUGGGCUCUCCCGGGCCCUGCUCUCUACCUCACUCCCCUGCUUCACCCCAGCCUGGGAACACAGCUUUAGCUUGGCCCACAUAACGUGUUCCGAUGUGGGAAUGGUUCCACGAAGGUCUUAAGAGUUGCGGAGCAAUAGAAAGUCAGAACUCAGGGUGUUCUCCAAAUUGAAAGCAUCAGGGGUUCGCAUUAAAGGAGGGAAAUCCCUGCUGUAGGUCUCAGAUGUGACCUGGUGACAAUCCCUAGCUUUCGAGUUGGUGGAAGCUGGGAGUUGGUUAGGACAUUCGAGAAGGUCUCACCUGUUAGUCCAAGGUUAUUGGGUCAGCCACAGAGAUAGCUAAGGCUAGCUCAACGACUCGACUCCGGAUCUGCAACAUUCUGACUCAACCUGAUUUCUUUCUCUUUUUUUUUUAAUCAUUUUAUUCUUUUUGAGAUUUAUUUAUUUUAUUUAUAUGAGUACACUGUAGCUAUCUUCAGACACACCAGAAGAGGACAUCAGAUCCCAUUACAGAUGGUUGUGAGCCACCAUGUGGUUGCUGGGAAUUGAACUCAGGACCUCUGGAAGUGCAUUCAGUGCUCUUAACCACUGAGCCAUUGCUCCAGCCCUCAACCUGAUUUCUAAUCAGUCAACUAACCUUACAGAAUCUUUAACAUGGUUCUGGUUUUUUUUUUUUUUUAAGUAUGUUUUAUUCACAGUAAUGUCCUCAACCAUACUGUAAUACGCAUCAAAUCUCCAUUUGAGGUUGGUGGUGUGGCUCAGUGGUAGAAUGCCUGGCACACGUGUGGGUCUAUCUACACCUUUUUUCUUCCUUGUAUCAAGCCAAGUGAUAUUUUGUUGCAUAUGUUACACAUGUUCUUUUAACCUCCUUCCCCUGAAGGACCCUGGGGAUGCUUUUUGCCUUUUAACUCCUAUCCACACUGCUCUGAAUAUAGUGUCCAAGACCACUGCUUUGUACACAGUGAUCUUUCUCCCCUGGUUUUAAAAGUCCCAGGAAGUCUCAGGUUCAAGGUCAAGGUAUGUGAGCAUCCCUCCCUCUGAGGGUCCGGUCCACCUCACCUCCACAGAAACCUUGUGUUUUAGUUACGUUUUUAUUGCUAUGAGUAAUCACUGUGACCAAGGCAACUCAUGAAAGAAAACAUUGAAUUAAGGGCACGCUUACAGUUUCAGAGGAUGGGAGGCUAUAACCAUCAUGGCGGGGAGGCACAGCAGUAGGCAGGCAGGCAUGGUGCUAGAGCAGUAGCUGAGAGCUUCCGUCUGACCCUGAAGCAGGAGAUAGAGACUGUGUGAGACCAGGCCUGGAAUGGGCUUUUGAAACCUCAAUGCCCACUCUCAAAUGGCACACUGCCUCCAACAAGGCCACACCCGCUAAUCCUUCCCAAACAGUCCCACCAUCUGUGGCACAGGCUUUCAGAUAUAUGAGCCCCUUGGGACCAUUCUCAUUCAAACCAUCGCACCUUAGCUCACCACUCCCCAUAGCCUGGACUGUGAACGUCUCUACCUUUCCCAUGGAUGCUUCAUUUGAAAGCAAACCAGAAAGUGUUCCUAAUAAGAAAACGCAGACGGAGAGAGUCAGAGUGGAAAAGACCUCCUCUUCCUGCUUCCCACUCCAUGAGCAUUGGCUGCUGAGACAGAGUGUAUCUCUAAAGCAACAUUUUAAAGGUAUGUGAGUGUGUGUAUGCACAUGCUGUGUGUGUGUGUUGUGUGUUUUACAUGUCAUGUGGAUACCAUGCCUGCAAAAAGGUCAUUUUACCCCCUGGAUCAUAAAGGGGUCCAGCAGCCAGACCAUGACACACCCAGGCCGACCAUGGCACACAGGCGCUCACAGACUUUGUCCCUUUACCCUUGUCCCCCUGCUGAGCUGUUAGAUCUCAUUCCUGAAGCUCGUCACCAAGGUCUGGCCCCUUAUUUGGCCACUGGCUCGUUCCUGAGACCAAACACCAAGGUCCAGCAAUCAGAGUCCAUUGUUUUGACUAACCCGAUAACUAAAAUACCCAGCCAGACCUCACUAGCGUGCCCUACCUCGUUCUAACACAGACCUCCCCUUUCCCCAGCAAAGCUGUUUGCUGAUGCUUCUGCCCAGUGCAGAUUCGGCCACCUUGUCCCUCUGCCCUGCUUAAUCAAGGAUCUCUUUGCGUUUGACUUGUGCUUGGGAGGUGUUUGGGUAUGGUCUGUGCCUAACCGGGGUCCAGAGGGGAGCAUCCCACAAUGCUCAGGUCCCUUCAGACCUGGAGUUAUGGUCGCCGUGAGCCGCCCCAGGUAGGUUCGAGGAAUAGAACUCAGGUCCUCCCGCGGAGCGCCAGGUUCCUAAUCCAUCUUUUCAACUCUGUAAUCUGGUGGUUUUAUUGAGGAUAAAUUCUAGGGUGGCUUGCACCAAGUUUUCGGUAGUUUCUCUACUGAAGAGCUGAUCUUGUAAAUAUUUCUGCGUUUUAUUCUCAGGGUGGCAUAAAUACAUUUUAAAGUACGAGGUCUCCUCCUUUGUUUUUCUUUUGAAGAAAACUUUUGCCUCCUGCCCCUCUUCCUCAUUUUUGAAUUACAAAUUACAAGUUUACUAGGAAGUUCAAAUUCCCUAAGACUUUUGGGCCAUUCGCUUAGGGGAAAUAGCUGCCUCUCCCCACCCCCCAGUUGUAAUACUUUAAGUACUAAAGAUAUGUGAAUGGUUUGUGUAAGGCAUAGUAAUUAUAUUUUUAUGUAUAAAGAUAAUUUCAAAUGAGGCCCAAGCAAUUGUUCUAAGCAUGAGGAUUUGCACAUGAGCCAAGAGCCCUCCUGUUGGCAGCGGACUGGGCUGAGAGACCUUGUCAUUGGUCACGUUUAUAAAUGUGUUUACUCCUUGGCGAGACAGGCAGUCAGGGCUGGCACGCCUCAGCUAACCCUCCACCCUUGGAUCCCCGAGGGUCUCCUUUUGUGUGUGCCUUGAGUCCUUUCUAGGCGUGUCUGCGCAGUACGGAGACAGUGCUAUGCUCAGAGCAGCCAGGCUGUCAGCUCAGGGAGAUGCCACUGUCAAAGGCUAGGGGUCUGAGGAUUCCCAGAAACUAGGUGGCCCUAGGUUUGCUGCUUCUGCUGCUGCUGCUGCUGCUGCCGACGACGCCGCGCUGCCUGCCCAGCUCCCGCCCCACUCCCGCCCCUCCCUCGCAGGAGGAUUUGCCAGCCGCCCCGCCCUCUCCUCCCGAGUCCUCCUCUCUGCAAUCGCUGAAGUUAUCAGGAGAAAUAAGGUAGUCAGGAGACCACAUGGAAGUUGUGACAGCUCCCCGGGGCGUCCCUUUGGGAGCCUGCACCUCGGCUUAGGGGCCUCAGCUGACUCGGUGAAUGCAGGUGCUGCGGAACCAGCCUGCCACGAUGGGCCACCACUGCUGCAAGCCUUAUAUUUGCCUUCAGUGCCUGGACAAAACGAGCGAAAGGGCCCUCGCGAAAGAGAAAGAGCUGUCGAUCGAACUCGCCAACAUCAGGGAUGAAGUGGCCUUCAACACCGCCAAGUGUGAGAAGCUGCAGAAGGAGAAGGAGGCGCUGGAGCGGCGGUUCGAGGAGGAGCUGAGGAGGUUGGGCUGGCAGCAGCAGGCUGAGGUGCAGGAGCUGCAGGAGCGGCUGCAGCAGCAGUUCCAGGCCGAGAGCGCGCGUCUGCAGGCGGAGCAUCAGGACCAGAUGCUGCGCAUGCGCUGCCAACACCAGGAGCAGGUGGAAGACAUCACUGCCAGCCAUGAGGCUGCCCUGCUGGAGAUGGAAAAUAACCACACCGUCGCCAUCACCAUCCUACAGGAUGACCACGACCACAAAGUCCAAGAACUGAUGUCUACCCAUGAAUUUGAGAAGAAGGAGCUGGAAGAAAACUUUGAAAAGCUGAGGCUGUCAUUGCAGGACCAGGUGGACACACUAACCUUUCAGAGCCAAUCUCUGCGGGACAGAGCCCAGCGCUUUGAGGAAGCUCUAAGGAAAACCACGGAGGAACAGCUGGAGAUCGCGCUGGCUCCGUAUCAGCAUCUGGAGGAAGACAUGCAGAGCCUGAAGCAGGUGCUGGAGAUGAAGAACCAGCAAAUUCACCUGCAGGAGAAGAAGAUUAUCGAGCUGGAGAAGCUGGUGGAAAAGAACAUCAUCCUGGAAGAAAAGAUCCAGGUACUCCAGCAGCAGAACGAAGACCUCAAAGCGAGGAUCGACCAGAACACGGUUGUUACCAGACAACUGUCGGAGGAAAAUGCUAAUCUCCAGGAAUACGUGGAGAAAGAGACCCAGGAAAAGAAGAGACUGAGCCGAACCAACGAGGAACUACUUUGGAAGCUCCAGACUGGGGACCCGACCAGCCCGAUUAAACUCUCCCCCACAUCUCCGGUGUACAGGGGCUCCUCCUCUGGACCCUCCUCUCCAGCCAGAGUCAGUACCACACCUAGAUGACAUCACCCUGCCACCCACAGGAGCUCAAGCUUCUGUCCGUCCGAGGGAGUGCUGGCCGGUGCUGGUGGCUGCCCUGUGCGCAUGCUCAGUAGCUGCAUACUGCAUCUUAGGCAGAGUCCUCUCUGACCCUCGUGUGAGACCGUCCUGGUAUUGGCGCUUAGGAAGGCGUAAGCAGCAGAGUCUGGUGUCCAAAAGCAAAACACAAAAACAAAAACAAAAUGCUUUAGUAUAGUUAGAAGCAAAAGAGAAACAGCUCCAAUUGUUCCUGAGAGACGGAGUUCCGCAGCGGAACUUUAGGUCAGCCACAAACAGCUCCGUUUUUCGAAUACUCGAAAACCCUCCUUGCACCGCUGCGGGUGUGUAUUCAGAUGCGUGGGUACACACCUGCGGCGACUCCGAAUUGCUUUUUUUUAUAUAUAUAUACAUAUAUAACACACGAUGCGCUGACAUAUUUUAGCGACGGUCAGCAGUUUUCUAACUUGUGCCUAAGAAUUAUUGGGAAAUGAAAAACGCAUUUCUAUCUAGUUUCCUGGAGAUAUUUCUACCCAAAAUAGAAAAAAGAAAAAAAAAAAAGAAAAAAGAAAAAGCAAGCAAGCAAGCAUGAGACCAAGUGGUACCCUGCUUACCCUAAACACCAGCGAUUUGUAGAUGGUAACCGCCUUUGGAGCAACUAGCUUCUUAGUCCAACGCGAGGUGGGGUCACUCUCAGCCCAUUGCAGGAUUUAAUUAUGACUUCUCCCAUCCCAAGGAGGUAAAAUGUCGCAGGGUGUGGGGGAGGGGGGGACCGGAGGGAUCACAUGGUCUGGCCAAUGUUUUUCCCCUUAUCAAUUCAUUAUAAUCUUGAAAACACCAGUUUUGCUCCCCACCCCCAACCCCAAAUGGCACCUUGCAAAUCCACCAUUAAGAUAUUAUUGCAUCCUCAGGAAAACACGGACGCAUGCGACCUUUGCGAUGAGGGUAAGCAUGAACUCGGAGACUAUCUAGACCAUGCAUGACCCAUCCUCAUGGAGGAGGAGUUCUGGUAGGGGCCGACAUGGCCCCAACCAUCGCCUCUCAUAGGCAACACCCCCAUUUUUCAGUUUGGUUCUAUGACUCGACCCCAUCACUGCACAUCAAGAUGGCUCAGGGGUUCUAGUCAAGGCUUCCGGAAACCAGCCUUUCUCUCUUGGGGAAAGGGGGGGGGGAAGCCAGUUCUAAAGGUGCUAGAUCAUGUCCCUUCUGCUGGAGGGUUACCAGGACUGCACCUGGCUGUGGUCCCGUCUUAGCCCCAGAAGGCUCUCCCAAACAAGGGAACGCAGUGAAACGGCCAGUCAGCAUCCAUCAGCCGCUGGACUGGCCUUCGUCUCUAAUGAGGUAGAGUUAGAACAUGAAAGGUAUUCAUGUAGUGCUAUGGAAGAUUAGAAGCAUGACCCACAAAAGAGAAGUAGUUUUAACUGGCAGUACCGUGCCGCGCUGAAUGAUACCUUUGUUUCCUGUAUGUGACAAGAGACCCUCCGUUUUCUAAGCAUGGGCCUGUCUGUCUGUGAGCAGGCCCAAGAUGAGAAGAGCCACGGAGCCAAGAAGACGGUGUCAGCCACUCCAAGGACACACAUAUCUGACACCGAGACAAGUGUGGUCAACAUCCCUCCUGUGGCUCCAAGUUGGGCUUCCUUGGUCUCGGGUGCAUCUAACUGUAGUCAACCUCCGCGGGUCUUGCCCAUUCUGGAGGCACACACGGUAGAUACACAGAGAAGAAACAGGUCUUUUUUUUUUCCUUUGGCUCUGCAUGAUCCUGGGAUACCGAGCUGGGCAUCCCAUAAGAGUAGCUCAUGCCAUGUCAGUUCAACACACACAACUAUUUGUUCUUUUAGCAGGCACAACCUGCGGACGUUAAGUUCGGUUGGCCGUUUAGCUCUCCGAGUUAGGACCCGCCUCCUCAGCUGUGCCCGCCGACGGCAGGUUCUCAGCAAUACAGAGUUCGAUGUGAUUAUAGGAUGUGGUACAGUACGUUAGGCUGUUGUGCUCAAAGUGGUAGCGAUGUUAGAUCUGUGUACCCUCAUUAGGUGGACUAGAGCUUUGCCCUAAUCAGCCUCGACCUUGGGCACUUGAAUAAAUCUCCCCAUGGCCCUGGCUUUGUUUCUCCAUCCCAGACACCCAUCAAGUAUGGUACCCCAUUUGAAUUAAGUUCUGAGAUCCAGGUGGCCAGAGCUGCUAUUGCCUCUUCCAUGAUUCCUCUGUCUCCAUGCUGGUACCAUCCGGACCUCUCAGCGUGGAAACCCCGAGUCUGUCUUCCUUCCCAGGUUGGGACACUGCAUCCUCCCGUCCUGCCACAGACAGGCCUGCCAAACAGCUAGGUUCUUCAUGGAGUCAGGAGGUCCUGCUGGCCUGCACUAACUCAGUUGCCUCGGGCUGGGACUACAUUCCUGCGAUGUCAGGAUGGGUUUGGGGCUUGAGGUCAGGUACUCUGGGAUUAGUUGAAGGGGGCACAGUGUUCUUUGUCCUGCCCCCUUCCAGUUAACUGUUCCUUAUUUGUGUUGAACUCUAAAGAUUAUUAAAAUGAACCUGGGGGACUUCC